UUCACUACCUGUUAAAGUUUCUUUAAGCGUCCACUCAAGCCCUUUUUAUGCUAGCCUGCUUAUUUUGCUCGUUAAACUACAAUCGCUGACCCGCUAAUGAUCUGUAUUUUUAGACGUUGACGAGUGUUUUUAUUGGUCUCUCUUAUGAGGAAAGUAAUGAGAACCCGAUCAGGUUCUCCUCCAAUUCAUGUCCACAUCAACGACGCCACACCUGUACAUGUACAUGUGAAGAGCCAGGGAACAAAUCCUGCCAGGACAUCUAAGGAGAAGACCAAAGUCGACAGAGGAACUCUUCGACCAACAGCCAAGGUCAAAACUCGUGCGCCAUGGAUACCACCAGGAAAGAUCUCCGUACGGGAUGCUUCAUAUAAGUGGGAGGGACCGACACACUGUCUUGAGAUAACCCCACCGCUGGCAGAAACGGAACCUGAGCAGUCCCAGUCUGUGCUGCGAUUGGCUGACCUUACAUCAGAGGAAGAGGAAGGCUUGCAUGGACGAAUCAGCCAGUAUGAGAGAAAGAUCGACACUUUACUGACUGAAGUCGGCUCUUUGAAAAAUGAGGUGGAACUGCGGAAGAAGGAGCAGCUGCUAGAGCGCCAGUCGGAGCAGCUGAGUGUCUCCCAGCGGGUGAUUGCUGAACAGGAGGAGGAGCUGGCUGAGGUGACCAAGGAGCUGGAGGAGACAGAGCGGGAGAACACACGGUUACGCCAGUCCAUGGAAAAGAUGCUGGAAGAGACAGACUAUAACAGACUAGACAGGGACAGCAUGCAACAGGACAAAGAUGCUCUGCUCAGGAAGCUGAUGGAGGCUGAGGUGGACGGAGCAGCAGCUGCCAAGCAGGUGUCAGCCCUGCGAGAGUCUGUUUCCAAACUGUGUGCUGGUGACAGUACUAAGCUGUCUGGAGCCGAGUCUUCAGUCUUGGCCCGUCAGAAGGAGCUGCUGCUUCAAAAACUGGAGACAUUUGAGGCCACAAACCGAACACUGAGACACCUUCUUAGAGAGCAGCAUGGAUCCCAGCAGAUGGAGUCAAUCCGACUGUCAGAACAGAAGGACACUUUGCUGAAGAGGCUGGCAAACACAGAGGCAGAAAAUGCUCAUCUUGUGGUGAAACUUCAAGACAAGGACAGAGAGGUUAUUCAACUCUCCAGACUUUUACAUAAUGAGAAGGAUAGUGCCAAGAGCACAGCUGAUUUAUCUAAGAGUCUGGAGUCAACAAGAGCUCAUUUACAAGGACAGCUCCGCAGCAAAGAAGCUGAGAACAACCGACUUACUGUGCAGAUAAAGAACCUGGAACGAGCAGCCAACCAGCAGAAAGCGGAGAUGAAGCAUCUGACAGAGCAGCUGACGAGACUGAAGCAUCAGGCCGCCGCAGACCGAGAGGCUCUGAAACGAGCCACGCGAGCCCAGAAACAGCGAGCUGAGCGCAGUGAGGACACAGCAGGCCAGCUGAGCGUCCAGCUGCUGGACAUGGAGAAGCAGGUGGCAAAUGCCCUGUCAGCAGCUGAGACUUGGCAAAGUCGCUAUGCACAAGAAGUUAAAGACAAGGGUAAACUGGAAAUCAAACUGACGCUGUUAAACAGUCGUAUAGCAGAGCUGACCGAGCAGCUACAGAGUACUGAGGAUAAAGGCAGAGCAGAGAGAGAAGCACUGCUGGAUCACCUGCAUGGACUGACCACAGAGAGCACAGCUGCCAAACUGGAGAAUCAGUCCCUCAAGGCUACAGCAUCUGCAGUGGAGGACAAGCUGACCUUGUCUCAGUCAGAGCUCCAGCAGGUCAAAGCUUCCAUCAAACAAUAUGAAAGUCUGCUGGACAGCUAUAAGUUGCAGGUUGGAAAAACCCGGGCGGAGGCAGAUGAGUACUGUGCUCGGCUGGCUCAAGCAGAGCGGGAGGCCCAGGUGGUGAGGGGGGAGCUGGAGCAGGAGAUAGAGGAGGUGCGCAGGGAACUCCUAGGACGACUGGCCGAGCUGGAGCCUCUCCCUGAAGCCUUACAACGCUCCCAGCUCCUGCUACAAGAGGCUCAGGACAGGGAGCGCAGCCAGGAGAGGCGCAGCAUGGAGCUCAACACAACUCUGACUGAUCUCCGCAUGAAGGUGGAAACUCAGGGCAGCCAAAUGGAGCUUCUUAGACAGAAGAACAAGGUGCUGCUUGAGGAGAACAGACAGCUUCAGCAGCGAGUGGAGAGUUUGGAAAGAAAACUGGAGGACGCUGGCUCUCAGAACAGUGGCCUGCUGGCAGUCGUUGCCAAACGGGAAGAAACGAUCCAUAGCAAUCAACUCCAUCUGGAAGAAAAAACAAGGGAAUGUUCCUUACUGAGCCGAAAGCUGGAGGAGGCUUUAGAUGAUGCGCGCCAACAGAUGUCAGAGACCAGAGAACGUGCAGCAACCAAAGAGCGCUCCAUCCAGUCUAAGAUACUGGACCUAGAGACCCAACUGAGCAGGACUACCUCAGAAAUCAGCCAGCUGAGACGCAGCAAAGAGGAGGUGGAGAGGCGGCACCAGAGCCGACUUCAGGACUUGAAGGAUCGCCUGGAGCAGUCAGACAGCACCAACCGAAGCCUACAGAAUUACGUCCAGUUCCUCAAAGCCUCUUAUGCCAAUGUAUUUGGAGAUGUAGCUCUCAGUAGCUCACUGCGAGCCCCCUCACCCAUCUGAUAGCAAAUAUUCCACUGGAUGGAAAAAAUGAAAUUUUAAUCCUUUUUGGAAUCAUAACAACCUUAAAUGUAGAAUUCUUAAUGCCUUGAUGACUUAGAGUAGGUUCUAUAUAGUAACAUGCUUUGGCAGGCAGCAAUACAUGCUGCUUACCCUGUUUCCCACCACUCUCACAGAGCAGUGGAGCUGUCCAAUAGACACUAAGCAUCAGAUUUAUUAACCUUCUGAACCCACAGGCAGUUUUUGGCUGUUGUGCUACUGUCACAUUUAUACUCGUUGUGGGAUCAUUUUUCACUUCUCUAUAAGGCCCUGCACCUCACUGAAAACUGUACAACCAUAGCUAGAAGUAGAGUGGACUCAUUUGUGCAGAAAAACACACUUAUAAGGCCAUAAAUCAUUAAACAGGAAUCAACUUACUUACAAUUUUCCAACUGCCCAUAGGUGUUCAGCCUCUACAAACCUUUUUCACACCACUCUGCACAUCAAGUCCACAAAGAUAUUUCACCAUGCUGAAUGUAUCUUCUAGCAACACACUGACAACUUGCUCCUCAGUGUACCGUUUUCAGCCAUACUGCAAUGAUUUUAUUAAUAAAGUAUGUUUUAUUUUCCUUUCACUAUCUUAAUUUGUGUGAGAGGAGACAUGCUUGUCUACUCUACUGAGUAAUCACAGACUGCUGGCAGAUGUUGUGGCUCAGACGGUUGAAAGAUGCUAUAAUUACAUGAAUACUGUACUUGCAGUGCACUUGUUCUGGUUUAUUGGGAAUUUGUUGUUUGAACUUCGACGUCGAAAUCCUUGUGUGCAUUUCUAAUUUUUAUAAGAGCUACUGUGUCUCUUAGAAUCUUUGCAGAUUUCAUGUUGUCUUCAGCAAUACAUUGUGUGAUAUGAAAGGCUAUUUGUAUUUUACAUGCCAAAAAUAUAAAGAACAGCUAUUUUUAUUCUCAGCUUCAUGACAAACCUAAUGUUUAUCAGAAAAAUAAACAGAAUUGCACUGUAUUUGUAUGGCUAUAUACUAAAAAUGAUUCACUUGUUUUUCAAAUUUAUGUGACUUCAUAGUCAAGCCAUCCAUGAAGAAUUUAAAUGUAACUAUGUUUGUAUGGAGCUGAAAACAUUGGUGCUAUCACUGUCCUUUGGCUGGUUCAAGGCAGUGUGUGUCAAAAUUAUUAUUUUAGGUUUCCAGUUACACAUACUACUUUAGCAGAAUCUGUAUAGUUGUGUCGUUUGUCAUAACUGUUUAAUAGAGUAUUUAAUAAUGGAAUGAUUUCUAUGUACUAUAUAUAACUUUAAAGCAGAAAUAAAAUGUAACUUUUUUCACCUGA